AUGGGCCAAGUUGAGAAGCGGCGGAGAGUGCAAAUCUUGUUUGGUCUGGGUCUGUGAACUUCAGCGUGACUUCAGCUACACCCUGCAGUCUCAUUCUUAACAACUCUUUCAAAACUUCAUGCGGCAUUAAUUACAAACUGAAAAAUACUCAGUUAAAGUUUGGUUUCUGUUUAAUGACGUGUGGCGAUAUGGUUUAUUUUAUUUUAUUUAUUAGAUAAAAAGUGUAGGUGAUAUAUAAAUCCCAAAUCCCCACGAAAAAAAGAAAAAAAAUCGGUUUUAAUAAUAAAAUCGUUUAUAUUUCUCCCAGUGAUAGGACGAGCCGCUCUAAGCAGCAGUGAUCUAACCUAAGUGGCUCAGGGCUUCCCAGCAUGUCAGGUAUUAACAGAGCGACUCAGAUUAAAUGUGGGAGGUAGAGCUGCGAGGCUGCCGCUGCGACCUGGAAACUACUGAAUGGGAAUCUAUCCGGCAACUUUAGCAGACCGCUCUCUCACGGCGACACGGGGGCUCCUCUGCGUAAAACCGAGCGGCGCGUCUUCCAGUCUGGCUCAGCCCAGCUCGCUCGCCAGCAGGACGCUCAACUUGGAUCAGGCGCGCAGCUUCUCACUCGGCUCCCACUAACAUGCCUGCCAUCAAAAAGGAGCGGCUGGAUGGAGACGACAUGGCUCUGACCGCCUUCAACCAGUCCGAAUACCUGGCCCCUUUAAAUGCCACCGCCAUCCCAGUGGUGACCCCGCACCCGCCGCCCUACGAGCACAUUUUCGCCCAUCAUCGCGCGUACUUGGGGCUCCACGACUCGGCGCUGCAUCACCAGCACCUCCACCACCACACGGACGACUUGAUGCUGGAGAGGUUCUCCUCCAUCCCGGACUUUCAGCCCUUCUUCGAUAACGGGGAGCCCUGCAUCGAGGUGGAGUGCGGAGAGAACAAGGCUUUGCUUUAUAUCAACAAACUGUGUCAGGGCAGUAAGGGACCCUCGAUCAAAUACAGGGGCGAGUGGCUCACCCCCAACGAGUUCCAGUUUGUUAGUGGACGGGAGACAGCCAAAGACUGGAAGAGGAGCAUCAGACACAAAGGGAAAAGUCUCAAGACUCUUAUGUCCAAAGGAAUCUUACAGGUGCACCCUCCAAUUUGUGACUGCCCCGGCUGCCGGAUUUCAUCUCCAGUGAACCGCGGGCGCUUGGCAGAGAAACGCACCAUUCCUCUUCCACCCAACCGGGUUCCCAAGAAGGAACUGGCCUCCAUUUUUAGCAGUGACGACAGCGAAGGUAGCGAGCGGGCCAGUGGGGAUCAUGCCCACAUCAAGCAGGAGGAAGAUCUGCAUUACAGUAUCAUGAGAAAAAGUCGGGACGGUGACCUCUCUACAAUUAUCUCUAACCUGCACCACACCAGACAGCACGGUAUGCCCGAAGAGCAGUCAGCCUCUGACCACAGCACCAGUACUCGACACACAGACGACCUUCUAGGCAAAAGGAGAAGCUUCUCCCCAAACAGCAGCAGCGAGUGUCCCUCUGAUAGCAAGAAGUCCCGCAGCGUCUCUCCAAAAGAAAACUCGCAGAGUCCCGUGGUGGAGGCAGGCGGCAGCCACGGCCACAUGAGCCCCGUGGAGCAUUACAGGCGCAUGAUGUCAGCACUCAGCGAGCAGGGGUCCUUUGAGGAGCAGCAGCAACGCCUCUACCAGCUGGCCAGCAGUAUGGGUCUUCCCGGCCACGACAUACUGCGGGCUCGUCAGGAGGCGCUGGCUGCAGCAGUCAGGAAUCCCGCAGCCUUAGAGGCCCACCUGCCCACAGCAGGCAGCUCUUCAUCAUCCAGCCAGAGACGCAAGCAAGGUCUGCCACAGCACCGGGAUGCGCAUUACACCGACAGAGAGCUGUCCCAUCCUCCACCCCUCCUGUCUCCAACUGCUCCUCACGUCACCUUAGGGCCUCACCUACGGCCUCCCUUCCUGGGCAUGCCCUCCGCCCUUUGCCAGGCUCCUGGUUACGGCUUCCUGCAGCCUGCCCAGGCAGAGAUCUUGGCUCGGCAGCAUGAGCUAUUAAGGAAGCAGAAUCUGGCCAGGCUUGAGAUGUCGGCAGAGCUGCUUAGACAGAAAGAGUUGGAAAACCUCCACCAACAGCAGCAGCAGCAGCAGCAGCGACUUCUUGGCUCAGACCCUCUAGGAGCCCUCCCUCCCGGCUUGCCCCCUGACCAUCCGGCCCUGCGCAGUCUCCACGACAUCCCAGAGGGACACCCCCUACGAGAGGAGCUGAUCCGCCGCUCAAAUGCGAUGCUGGUGCUACGCCACGGCACCGCCACUCCCCUCCUAGCUCUCAACCAGCAGCAACAACAACAACAACCAAGGGCGACCUCCACACCCAAAGACACACAGGUUCACAGCUCUGCUGUCGGGCCGGAUGGCGAAUCCAGAAAGGCCAGCCGCAGGGAACCCGAGACAGAGCUUCGUCCUGGAGAUCACAGAGGAGGAAGAGACGACAGGGGAAGGGAGGGAGACAUGGAGGUACACGAUGAGGAGAUGAAAGACUCAGACAGUGAGACGGAGAUAAGCGAAGAGAGGCGAGAGAGCUUCGUUUCCAGGCCCAGCAGUAAACCCGGCAACAGAGAGAGGAACAGGGGGAAGGAGCCUGGCAGCAAGGCAGGGUGUGAGAGUGCCAAAGAGACCGGCGCAAGCUCAGGGAGGCUGAGCGCCUCCGGCUCAGCAGAUACAGAGUCACCUAGUCGCAACCUCUUCACCCCUGGACAUGGCAAGGCCGAUCUCAAAUAUCACCUGCCACCAGGGUUCAUACCACCUUUGCCUGCUCUUCACGCUCAGUCGCUGCCCUUUGGAUUUCCCUACGCCAGCCCUUACUUCCCUGCGGGCUCUUUGGGGGGUCUUUUCAUGGAUGGGGAGGACUCGACAGCGUCAAACCCUGUGGAAGACGUCAGCAAGUGGAGCGUGGAGGAUGUGUGCGGCUUCAUAAGCAGCCUGGCUGGAUGUGCUGAAUAUGCACAGGUGUUUCGGGAGCACGCCAUUGAUGGGGAGACACUGCCGCUGCUCACUGAGGAGCACCUGCUCAACACCCUGGGACUAAAGCUGGGGCCUGCGCUCAAGAUCCGCUCACAGGUGGCGCGGCGUGUUGGCAGGCUCUUCUAUAUGACAGGAUUUCCUCUGGCAUUCCCGUUUCCACCUUCUGCCAUGCUGCGCCCUCCGGACCGGGAUCGAGACCCCCUGACCGCAGCAUCUGACGCCCCUUUGACUCUCUCUCUGUCAAUGCCGCACCGCCCAACCUCGACCAGCAGCAGCUCCUCUCCGUACAGCGGUCCAACCGCAGGAUGCUCGUCUCCCAAACAGGAAAACGGCACAGGCUCUGCAGUGGUGGGAAGAUACGAAGCUAAAACCCCCUCGUAGGAGCGAUCCUGGCGGUGAGGGAACCAGAUGCGCCUAAAUCUGAGACAUUUAAAUUUUAAAAUGAUGGGGAAUCAGGCUGGAGAGCAGAUGACAGAGUCUGCAGUGGCUUUGAGAAGAGCAGAACCCAAAGAAACUGGGUUGGAAGGGAGAAAUGCGAAGUGACAGAGGAAGGGAGGAAAGGGAGACAGCUGGUCACAGGCAGGCUGCCAAGAAAAAGAAGCUGAGUCCUGCAACAAGACGCGACAUUCUUGCAAAUAAGACUCCAGCAGAAACUCUUCUCUCCUUCCUGGGCACGAGGAAUCUCUCCUCACUCACUUUUCUUUUUCCUCCAGUAGCCAUCUCUGACUCUAGCUUUACCCUGCAGAGGCCAGGAAUUAAAAGCAACAUGACUCCCCUCCUUUCUUUCCUGCCUCCCAGACCAUCUCCCUGAGGAUAAGCAGCAGUCACCCUGUUUUUAUUCAGGCUGGAGUUGAAGCCUGUGCUGAAAACAAAACAAAAAAAGCACCAGAUCUGACCAGCUCCCUCUUGUAUCACUGCAACUAUGCAUUCCACUGUCCUGAUACCAAAGAUGACCGGAUAUGUGGAAGAGGAACUCCCCAUGUGUUGGUUUCUUUUUGCAUUAAUGGUCCCACAGGGAAAUGCUAAAACUUGGGCUUGGUACGGCAGACCCUGAGGCAGAGCUGUAACAGUAACUGCAUCUUAGUAAACACAAAAGUUAUUUUAUUCCAGUAAAAUGCCAUCCAGAAACUAAAAGUCAUAUUGUAACAGAUUAUAUCUGAUUGUAUUGUUACAGCUUGACAAAACUUCAUUUCUUUAUAAACAUGUUAGCUUACAGCUAAUGAACCUCUCACCACCCUCACUAAAAAAACCAAAUACAUUUUCAUUAAUACAGAAACGUAGGCCUAUUAAUAUGUGCAACCUUGUACUGUUCAGUUAAUGUACCUGCUUGGGCUAAUUCACAAUGAACCCCUGCCAUCACAUUAAGGUGACCAGAGGUUCUGCCAAGUUAUAGAAGUACUUUUUCCAUUCUCUGGCUCAGGAUUUGCUUAACCCUCUCAGGCUCAAAUUAAGUUGUAGUUGCAGGAAAAAGUCAGAUAUUUGGAGAAAAUGAUCAUAUGGGGUACUUUUUUGAGAGAGACCUUCACAUGCAAUGAAUUCUGGGAUGUUGCAGAUUUGCAACAGUGGCCCAGAGUGGUAAAUUAACACUGAAGACUGAAUCUGAUAUGAAUGUUAACUUUAUUUGAAUGUCACAAUCAAAAAAUUAAAACAAUAAUCGAAAAAAAAAAAAUUUCUCUCUAAAAAUUAGAGACACAUUUUUCUCAAACUUUUUUCCCACCAACAUCUCAAAAACUCUUGUUAAGCUGUUGCUCAAAAUAUAGGCAAACUAGUAGAUAAAGCAUGUACCAUCCAUUGGUACCUGUUUGGGCACACGUUGCGAAUCCACAACAUUGAAAUCGAGAUGCCUCUGGUGAAAAACCGAGAGAUAAAAUCUGCUAAUUGGCAUGUGUCAUAUCUAUACACAUUCAUGAUUCAUCUUAUGUAGUAUUUAUUUCAAAAUAAUGGAAAUUGGUUGUAUACUUAAAUGAAAUUGGUGCUUAGAAAAUCUCAGCCAUGUUGAAAGUGAGUCAGCAGUGCUAUCUAGUGGGCUGGAGAGAAACUGUUUGUUGCAAAUGCACAACUAAGUCCUUCUGUUGUACUUCUGAGUAACAAAAACUCUUAAAAUAUGGAUGUGGAGUAAUUAGCUAAGUGGCAUUUAGCUGUUGCAAAUCUGCAACAUCUGCCUGGAGAGGGUUAAAUGCAGUGCUGUUAUUUGUACAAUUUCUUUCUUCCACCCAAUUUUCCAUGGUGUUGAGUAAAGCACUCUGAACUAGCAGAAACGACAGGCAUACCCCUUCUUGUAAAGGAGGAAUUAUGGAGUUUCAUUAGCUGUGAGUCAAUCUGUUUGCGUCAUGAAUCGAUGAGAGUUCCACUUUUUGAAUUUAUUUGAAUGAAUUAACUUUUGGAUGGUUUAUCUUGAUGCACCUGUAGUGGACUGUUUAAGGCAGAGCGAUUUGCCUCAGAGGGUGUCUGUCUACAAUGUCAGUGUACACUUGUGUUGACUACUACGAAGUAGGACAAACAUGCAAAAUUGUACAGAAUUGCGCUUGAGAUGAAAAUAUUCUGGUGGUACUUACAUUUUUUUUGUUAACGUAGUUGCACGACUAAGAAUUUCUUUACUGACAAAUGUGACUUGCUGAACUUUGGUGGUACUUUGGUUCAUAAUUUUCUUUAAAAAAUAUAAAAAAAAACGAUGCUCCAAUGCUAACCCAGCAUAUAAAUACAAGGACAAAAAUAUUUAUAGCAUUUUGAUGUAGUAGAUAAAGCAGAUUAUGAUAUGUAUUAAAAUCAGCCCUUAAGAUGGAUUCCAAAGAUACUUUUACUUUCUUUUCUCUUGGUUGCAGGGAAAAAAGGCACAAAGCUCUUAAUGCAAAUGUUUUGAAUUUCUUAUUGAUUUUUUUUAAAUAUAAAAAGCAAUGAAUUAAUAAAAAAAAAUGUUCUCUAGAUUUCCCUUCAGAAGUUUUGUUUUCAUCCUAUUUUUCUAUUCACCACACAGGUGAAAUAAAUCCUAAAGAGAAA